GACAUUAGAUCAGACACACGCGAGCGCGCAGGAACUUAGAGCGCGCUGUAGAAAUCUCUUGCCAGAUCAAACAGCGGAAUAAAUCAAUGGGAGUUCAAAACAAGUUGAUUUUGGAAACGGAGACAAGAGUUUGUCAAAGUUGUAUGGACUGCUCUUGGACCUCAGAUUCGCUAAAACGACAAAUGAGCCUGAUCUAGAUGACCUUCCUGUGGUACGGAAUGGAAGACCACACUGGUUGGUCUUUCCUGUAGGAUGGUGGCGCACAGUUCAGUGGAAGGGAAUCAAGGCACAGAAGAACCCAGAUCGAGUACAGACGCUUCCCCAGAGGUCUCCCUAUCCCGGGCCUCUAGAUCUAGGCAGCUGGCCGACUCCUGGCCCAUAUUCGAGACACAUUUCAGACCGUUCAACACCGAGAGAGACUUCAAGACCAUCUCUAACACCACUUCUAUGUUGGAGGAGAGUGGCUUCUACUGGGGUCCCAUGACUGUGGAGGAGGCACAUCAUAAGCUGAAGAAAGAGCCAGUUGGAACUUUUCUCAUGCGGGACAGUCGCCAGGGUCAUGUCUUUUACACGCUCAGUUACAAAGCGGCAAACGGUCCUGUAAGCAUUCGGAUUAACUUCAAGAAUUCCACAUUCAGUUUGACCGGCAGCAAGGAAAAUUUUGACUCUCUUUUCAAACUGCUGGAAUAUUACAUCAAAUCUCCUAAGAGGGCUCUGAUCAGGCCUUAUAGGAAAGAACCAGUGCAGUCUCUGCAGCAGCUAUGUCGCAGAAGGAUUAUAGAAACAUGUGGAGGAAAAGACAUCGACCGCAUCCCUGUGCAUCCGAUCCUCAAAGACUUCCUCCAUGCCUUCCCUCAUCCAAUAUGAAGACUAGACUCAUCGCAUUAAAGCGCUGCUCGAACACUCUUGAUGGACUCCUCACGGUACUGCUCUGUUUUAGGAAGCAGGCAUCAUUUUGUAGCACAUUUUGCAAUAUUUAUCAAGAACACUUCGACAAAGUUUACAUUGUCUCUGAAUGUUUACACUAUACGGGAAAAUUGUUUUCCUGGCAAUACGUUUCUGCUAUGCAGAGAGAGAUAAUACACAAUUUUUAUAAAAAUAAUAAAUAUAUUUGUAAAGCA